AUGUAUCUUGCAUAUCUCUUCACCUUCUUGGCCGCUUCCCAAUCUUUAAUCUUAGCUCACGGCUUUCAAAAAGAAGACUUUGGUGCCGAGAAGCAAAUACCUACUUCGAAUGGUCAAUCGAUCACCAUGGCGGUGGCGCUGUCAACAAAAACCAUUGUGACGACGUUUGAAACCAUUGUCACGUCCAGAAAUACAGAAAUUACCGCUCAAGAUUAUGAAUCUACAAUCACUUUUCAAGAAGCCAAGAACUUCAACUUCAGAGACCCCAUGUGGUGGAAGUCGCCUAUAUUUCACCAAGCCUUAGCUACAGCCAAACCCAUCGAAAAGUCUUUCAGCAUACUCCAGGCACAAAAUCGUCGUAAUUUCAUAAACUUAGGACCACUUCCAACAUUUAUACCUCGUGUUACGACCCCGUCACCACCAUCACCACCCCUUUCAUCUGCAAUAUCAACCUCAAGUCUUACUAUAACAUUUCCUGACUUAACUACUGCUUUCGCUGUAACCACUAUAAGCUCAAAUUAA